AUGGCUCGGUAUCUACCUCAUUUCCCAUAUCCUCCUGCAAAGGAUGGGUACUGGGAGCCUGUUACCUCCACCUUGAACUGGUGCGAAGAGGACUACUAUGCUACCGAAUACUCCGCUGAGAUUGUCAACACCCUCACAAAUCUGAUGUUCAUGUGGCUUGGAUUCAAGGGCAUCCGCAGCUGUAUUCGCAAUGGACAUGACCAGAUCUUCAUCGUCUCGCUGCUAGGCUACCUAGUAGUCGGCACAGGAAGCUUCCUCUUCCAUUCAACCCUGAAAUACCCUAUGCAACUAGUCGACGAGCUCUCCAUGAUAUACACGACCUGUCUCAUGGUCUACGCCUCAUUUUCCUACUCGCGCUCAGUAAUCCUCCGAGUCUGGCUCGCCCUUUCCCUAACCGGCCUUGCCAUCUUCAUCACUCUAUACUACCACUACCUCCAAGACCCAGUCUUCCACCAGAAUGCCUACGCCCUAUUAACGAUCGUCGUGGUGUUCCGGAGUAUGCACACCAUGGAAGUAACCCUCCGACCAAAGUGGCGCCACUCAACUGAGGAAGACCGCCUAGAGCGUCAGAUGAAGGGUCUCCCUGUGCCUACCAAGGAGCGCCAGCACUACGAGAACGUGCGCGAUCAGAAGACCCUCAAUACCAUGUGGUUCAUGGUUUGCUAUGGACUGGUCAUGUUCCUAGGCGGUUUCGCAAUCUGGAACUUGGAUAAUCUUUUCUGCUCUCAGGUUCGGCGGCUGCGUCACCAGGUUGGCUUGCCUUGGGGUCUUAUCUUGGAGGGUCACGGUUGGUGGCACGUCAUGACUGGACUAGGCGCUUAUCUCUAUAUCAUCUGGGGCAUCUGGCUCCGCCAUUGUCUUAACGGCCGCCAGGACGAAUACCAACUGCGCUGGGCGCGCUUCUGGCAUAUUCCCGAAGUGGUCCGCACCGCUGACACUAUCACCCAGGACAAAAAGUCAAUCUGA